CAAAAUACCUGAUUCCGAUUAAACAUUACUUACAAAGGGAACUACCGCACCCAGAUGUGGGAUAAGCAGAAGGAGGUCUUCCUGCCCUCGACCCCCGGCUUGGGCAUGCACGUGGAGGUGAAGGACCCCGAAGGCAAGGUGGUGCUGUCCCGGCAGUACGGCUCGGAGGGGCGCUUCACCUUCACUUCCCACACCCCCGGCGACCACCAGAUCUGCCUGCACUCCAACUCCACCAGGAUGGUGCUCUUCACCGGCGGCAGGCUGCGUGUGCACCUAGACAUCCAGGUUGGGGAGCAUGCCAACAACUACCCUGAGAUUGCAGCCAAGGACAAACUGACGGAGCUGCAGCUCCGAGCCCGGCAGCUGCUCGAUCAGGUGGAGCAGAUCCAAAAGGAACAGGACUACCAGAGGUAUCGUGAAGAGCGCUUUCGUCUGACCAGUGAGAGCACCAACCAGAGGGUCCUGUGGUGGUCCAUCACUCAGACGGUCAUUCUCAUCCUCACUGGCAUCUGGCAGAUGCGUCACCUCAAGAGCUUCUUUGAGGCCAAGAAGCUGGUGUAGUGUCCUCUGUGUGUGACCCUUCCCUCUCACCUCAGUUAUAUGGUACUUUCCCCACCCAACACCUUAUCCACCUGGCUUGUGAGGGGGGAAAAAGUGAAAAAGAAUAUAAACCACAUUGGUUCCCUGGCAACAAAGCAUCCCAGUCAGCCACUUGUUCACUCUGGUUCUCAAGGACGCAGAACCUUGGUCCAAGCUUUCAAAGAUGUCUUGGAGUUUGUGCACAGUCAGAGCUGGCCCCGGACUAAGUCCUGCUUCUUCCACCUCCAGUGAUUCCCCUUCACCCUGUCACAAACCAAGCACAUGACAAGUCUCUCCUGUACCUUCUGUCUUCAUCUGCUCGUGCAUGGGUGAUGGAGAUGCCCCACCAAGGAGGCCCUGCCUCCCUGCUCCCAUCAGUCCUGGGUUUGCUCAGUGGGCUGUGUGAAUGUAAAUAGGGGGCAGGGGCCCUAGAGGAUUGAAAUGUUUUUCUAUGCAUUAGAACUAUUUUUUGAUAAAUUAUAUUUUUUCUUUCCGAGUUGAGGUGUUACUGCCUGUGUAUGAUUAGCUGAAAACACCAGUGCAGCCCCCUCUGCAUUCUGUUUAUCCAUGUUUUUGGUAACUACUGUGGCAGUUCUCAGGAUUUCAGCCAUUUGUGGGCCAGAAGGCAGAUGUCCCAGCUGCCCUCAGGGCCUUAGCAGAGGGCCAAGCAGAGACUCCGCUGGGACACUUGAGAUUUCCCAUGAGACAGGGCCUCAGUAAGAGUGAGGUCGUGACGGCUUGCACAAGGCAGGGCCCUCUUUCCCCCCCUCUUUCCUUGAUCUUUAUUUAAGCUAUGGUAAAUGUUUUCAUGGAACCAGGUUUGGUUCUUUAUACAGAUUUUUCCAGUGAAAUAAAACGUGUUAUACUA